AUGCAAAUUUGUAAAUUUAGUUUACGAAUUGUUGGCAUCUGGCCGGAUGCAAAUUAUCACAAGAAACAUUUUCACAAAUAUCGAUCAAUUGGAAUUUUCAUUCUUGUAAGCCUUUUUAUAAAUCUCUCUCAAACAAUAAAACUUUUUAUGAUUUUCAACGAUAUCGAAUUAUUUUCCGAAGUUCUUUGUAAAAUUAAUCUUCCCGUUCUCGUCGUUCUUCUAAUGAUUGCAGUUUUUAUUAGAAAGCACGAAGACUUGACGACCCUGGUGAUGGUAAUGAAGGAAGAUUGGAAUACCACCGAAGUAGAAGAGGAAAAAUUGAUAAUGCUAAAAAUGGCGAAAUCGGCUAGAAAAAUAUCGCUAAUUUGUACAUUCUUGUCGCAAGCAACAUUCGUCAGUCAUACACUAUCGGAGCUUUUAAUUACGAUAAAUAAUCGAUUUCAAUCACCGGGAAAUUUAACCUAUAGAUUAUAUUUAGUCUCCUAUUUUCCGUAUGAUACGAAUAGUAGUCCCAAAUUCGAACUAACAUGGCUUACACAAUGUUCAUCAACAUUUCUCGCAACUCUUACUUAUUCUGGCGUUCACAGUCUCUUCGCCGUAUUUGUUAUGCAUCUUUGUGGACAAUUCAAUAUUUUACGAAUUCGAAUAACAUCAACUAUUAAUAAAUUAUUCCAUGGAAUUUCCAGGGGGUGUGUUGAAAUAAUCGAGGAUUCAUUUAAUAUGUUAUUUUUAGCAGAAAUUUUAGCCUGCAGCAUUCAGUUCUGCCUUCAGGGUUUUCAAUUGGUCAUUAUGACAAGAGGGAAUGAAAAAAAAUUACCAUUUGAUUCAAUGAUUGUGAUGAUUUUUUUUCUCACAUACCUGUUGACAUUUUUGUUUAUAUAUUGCUAUUUGGCGGAGCAACUUCGACGACAGAGCGCAGCAAUAGUAUUUGCAGCCUACAAAAGCCAAUGGUACAAUUUACCAUCAAAGGAGGCAAAGAAUUUAUUAUUAUUAAUGCAAAGAAGUGGAAUACCAAGCACUUUGACUGCGGGGAAUUUUUUUACUCUUUCGUUACAACUCUUUAAUAAGAUUCUAAAAACUUCUGCUGGAUAUUUUUCAAUGUUAUUAACAAUAACGAGAGAAAAUGUAAACGAUUGACAGAAAUAAUCUCUUAAAAUUGGAAAAGUCAGUAAAGUUCAC